UAUGCGUGCAAUGGCUGUUGAGAUCACGAAAGUCAGGCCGGUUCAUUUCCUUCCUACGUGCUAUUUGAGACUCAAGAGACUCCGGCCGCUGAAAACUCAAUUGAUUCACUAUUUUACUCCAAUAACGUUAGUAUCUAUACACAGUCAAAAUGUCUGCAUACGAAGAGAACGAGUCCAAAUUUAUGAGAAAAGCCAAGGAGAAUCCUUUUGUUCCCGUGGGAAUGGCCGGCUUCUUCGCCAUUGUUGGCUACAGACUGUGGAAAAUGAAAAGUCGCGGAGACACAAAAAUGUCAGUGCACCUGAUCCACAUGCGCGUGGCCGCACAAGGCUUCGUAGUGGGAGCCAUGACUGUUGGUGUCUUGUUUUCAAUGUACAGGGAUUUCUUUGCAAAGCCAAUAGAAAAACAGAACACGUCGGAAUCCAAGUGAACGUGGACUCCUCGUUCAACACCCCUUAAUAUUAUCUCAUGUUGAAGGGAUAGUUCGGAUUUCUUGACAUGUAUGACGUUGUAUGCCGUCACAAUCAGUAGAGCACUAAAUCAGUGGUGACUUGCUCCCCCAUUUGGUCCCGCGAGUCCAAUUCUGGUUGGAUUUCUUUGAUGUGGAAGGUAGUUGCUGGGUCAUGUAAGUAAAGAGCUUGGCUUCUCAAAACAAUGUGUUCAAAAGAGUAGUACAUUUGCAUCAUAAAAAUGCCUCUAAAAAAUUUGACCUCACAAAUCGCUCGGUGUUAUAUUUGUCUUAAAUGACUCGGCAACUAAGCAGAACGUUGUUUGAAAUCAGACCACAACAGGACUCAUGCGACCAAGUGGGGGGGCGUAAGUCACUGUUGAUAUAGUACACUGCUGAUGGGGAUGUCAUACAACUAUGUCGAAAAAUCCGAAGUAUCCUGUGUGUACAAGGUUUAUAUUUACAGAUGGGCCGUGCCAUUUGUAUGUGCGCAUCCUUUCAAACAGUGCACCUCAGCUGUAAAUGAUCAUUUAUUGGUUUGACUUCUGAUCCAUGUCACCUCUUCUGCACAUUUGCAGAUAUUAUUCCUGAGUAUUUAAUUGUAGUAUUUUUUUUUAAUGGGACUUUUUGAAUGGUGUGGGUGAUAUUCUAGUUGAAAUAUGUUUAUAGAAUAUUAAAUUAUGUGCGUGACUUAGGACUGCAUUCAUAAAGACUACCACUUUAUUUCCCUUUGUUGUGUUAUUGUCUCAAACAAGCUAUCCACUUCAAUGUACUACUAAUGUAGGGAUUUAUACCAAAUAAAACAGGCUCGCCCCUUAGCCCUCUUUGGCCGUCCCUUAAUUUUGUUUAAACCGGCAGAACACAAAUGCUACAGUAUUACUGUUUUAUUUACUUUUAUUCAGACAUCAAAUGUGAUUUUAUCCAUUCAAGUGUCAUGUACUAGGUUUGAUUGUAAAGGGCAAGUUCUUCAACAAGGGUCCAACUACAUUACAUGUGAAGCUUCAUGAGCAAACACUGUAACUAUACUAUAAAACUAUAGCUUGUUUAUAUUGCACAGCCAACCCUGUGAUGCACAGAAAGUAAUGCCUUAUAUCACAAACUGUAGCAAUUUUAAUAAUUGUAUACAUACUGUUUCCGUAUGUGUAAUGUGUGCCGUUU